GGGGGCCCUGGCUACUGUUCCAGGACAGGCCGUGAUGCACCGCAGAUCGACCCUCCAGGAGAGCUCAGGUCUUGUCUGAUGGGCGCUGACGAUGGUCGUCGGCUGCAAGUACCCCGAAUGCUGCACGCCUGGCAAGCGCCGGUCACUGAUGCUGGUGCUCGCUCUGGCAGUCGGCGGUGCUGAUGCUGGCAGGUUGCGCCUUCCUGGCGGAGCGGAUCAACCUGUUCCGGAAGCAGUCACGCACGCCCGCGCCUGCAGUCAGUCGAUAGUCACACAGCCCUCUCGAAGCUGUGGUGCGUCGGCCACUGCUGCUGGCAGCCUCUUCGAGCACUGCGCGAGACGCCGUGGUGCCGGCGUGGGUGCCGCGGUAGGGGUGGGUGGGAGCGGGCCUGCACAGUCCGUUCGGACAGAGAUCGAUCGACAGCAGGCCUGCAAGCACCUGCUGCACGCUGGGCCGUGGAAAUGUCGAAGCAGACGUGGGCGUCAGCCCAGGCACCAGAGUCAGUCGUGAAGGCCCGGUCCCAGAUUCGGGGUUG